AUGGGCGAGAAAUCUGCAUAUUGGCAAUACGGGUGGCCGACCGGCCGUCCCCCACUCAAGAACGAAGCAGCGAAAGAAGCGGACAAGGCUGCAGACGACGACCACACGGCAGAGGAUGAGCCGCCAACGCCGGCCUCCAAGGGAAAGCAAGCAACUAAUCCAUCCCUCAUCACCGACGCGCAUAGCGAACCAGCUGCGAGCACCUCGUUCAAAAAACGAAACCUCUCUCCCAAGCCUCUCGGAACAAUGAAGCGACAGCGUGCCGAACCACCAACCUCAGCAGCCAUGGAAGACCGUUUGGAGGACCUGGAGUUCACCUUGAAAAACGUCCAGGCAUACGCCGAGGCAGUUAACGAAAACCAAUCAAUCAUACAAUCCACUGAGAUCCCAACAAAUGGUAGCUGA